CCGGGCCGGCCCUCUUCCUCCUCCUCGUCCUCCUCCUCCUCCCUCAGGCGACGACGGCUUUACAAUGUGUUUGCCUUGUUUGUGCGAAAGAGAAUUUUACGUGCACAACAGAUGGGCUCUGCAUUACUUCGGUGACACGGAAUGGAGAUAAAAUCAUACGCAACAGCAUGUGCAUAGCAAAAAUCGAUCUUAUUCCCAGAGACAGGCCAUUUAUUUGUGCUCCCUCAUCAAGUGAAGGAGUUACUACAGUGCCUCAUUGCUGUGACAAAGAUUUCUGCAAUAAAAUAGACCUUCCAAUUCCAACACCAGGUCCUGCACUAGGAAAGCUUGCUUCUAAUUUAGGACCAGUGGAACUGGCUGCUGUUAUUGCUGGACCAGUCUGUUUUGUCUGCAUUUCACUUAUGUUGAUCCUAUAUAUCUGCCAUAAUCGUGCUGUCAUGCACCAUCGUGUUCCAAGUGAAGAAGAUCCUUCCAUGGAUCGCCCCUUCAUAUCUGAGGGCACCACUUUGAAAGAUUUAAUUUAUGAUAUGACUACUUCAGGCUCUGGAUCAGGUUUACCAUUACUUGUCCAAAGGACAAUUGCAAGAACAAUUGUACUGCAAGAAAGUAUUGGAAAGGGUCGCUUUGGAGAAGUCUGGCGAGGGAAAUGGAGAGGAGAAGAAGUUGCAGUGAAAAUUUUUUCCUCAAGAGAAGAACGCUCCUGGUUUCGUGAGGCAGAAAUCUACCAGACUGUUAUGCUACGUCAUGAAAAUAUUCUUGGAUUUAUAGCUGCAGACAAUAAAGAUAACGGCACAUGGACACAACUGUGGUUGGUGUCAGAUUACCAUGAGCAUGGAUCUCUCUUUGAUUACCUGAACAGGUACACAGUUACUGUGGAAGGCAUGAUAAAACUGGCUUUGUCUACUGCCAGUGGACUCGCACAUCUUCACAUGGAAAUUGUUGGCACUCAAGGAAAACCAGCUAUUGCUCACAGAGAUUUGAAAUCAAAAAAUAUAUUAGUAAAGAAAAAUGGAACAUGCUGUAUUGCAGAUUUAGGUCUGGCAGUAAGGCAUGAUUCAGCUACAGACACAAUAGAUAUUGCACCAAACCACAGAGUGGGAACAAAAAGGUACAUGGCCCCUGAAGUACUCGAUGACUCUAUAAAUAUGAAACAUUUUGAAUCUUUCAAAAGAGCAGAUAUUUAUGCAAUGGGGUUAGUGUUCUGGGAAAUAGCUCGCCGAUGUUCAAUUGGUGGAAUUCAUGAAGACUACCAGUUACCAUAUUAUGACUUAGUCCCUUCUGAUCCUUCAGUUGAAGAAAUGAGGAAAGUUGUUUGUGAACAGAAGUUACGACCCAAUAUCCCAAACAGAUGGCAGAGCUGUGAGGCAUUACGAGUAAUGGCCAAGAUUAUGCGAGAAUGUUGGUAUGCCAAUGGUGCAGCAAGGCUAACAGCUUUACGUAUAAAGAAAACACUGUCACAGCUCAGCCAGCAAGAAGGCAUAAAAAUGUAAAUUUGGAGGUGCUACUGAAGGAAACUCUUAAAGGUCCAUGUCUGCACUUAGUUUGGGUAUUGAGAAGGCUGAUUGUUCUACCUCACUGAGGGAACAGAAGGAUAUGGCUGCCUUUUUAUACAACAUAGGAAGAUCAGUGA